GCGAAAGGCGAGACGCCGUCGGCGACACCCUGCCGAUCCACCUGAUGAUUUGAUUGGCGACGGACAGGAAGAGACUGCUGAGUCUGAAGUUGCCACCAAUGACCCAGUAAUUGGUGUGACACCAGCUGGAUCAGUGCGUGUGCGGGGACGACCACAUCGAGCAGAAGCAAUUCAGCCGCGUGUGGAUGAUCCUAUUCAAGCAUUGACUGCAGCACUCCAACAACUGGCAAAUGGACAGACUAACCGGAGUUCAACCUCUAGUGAUUCCUGGAUCAGUGCUAUGGGACCUCAACGUGGUGUGAAGUUUCGUGGAGGUGCACCACCGCAACCGCCUGCAUGGAGCUAUUCUGCCUCUGACAUUCGUGCUUAUGAGAAGUAUGAGAGAAAGGUCAAGGUUUGGGAGUUGCAGGUUAAGCACUAUAUGACUGACGCUGAGGCUGCCCUCACUCUUUUCACUUCCUUGCGUGGUGAAGCUGAGCAGGAAUUGGAAUUUGUGGAUGUCAACACCAUCUACCGUAAGGGUGGUGUGGAUACCAUUCUGAGCCAGUUGAAACAAGCCUUUCAGCAGAAAACAGUGUACGUCAAGCGACAGUAUCUGCACGAAUAUGAGUCUAUCGGUAGGUAUCCAGGAGAAUCACUCCGAGCCUUCAUCAAUCGAUAUCGUCGUGCAGAAGCUUCCUUGCGUGCAAUCAACAUAGAUAUCAGUCUGACAUACGAUGAUGAGAGUCGCAGUUCACGGUUGCUGGAUCGAGCCCGACUGACCACUGAGAAGCAGAGGUUGAUUUUGGUAGGUACAGGUGAAGCCCUUUCAUUUGAUGCCAUUCGUGCGGCACUCGUGCUUCAGUUUCCGGAGCACAAGCCGACACCUCCUGUUGCUGGCCGUGAAUCCAACAAUGCUCCAUAUCAGCCUAAGGGAUCUGGAAAGAAUCACCAAGGUUCUACUUCGACUUCCUCAUCCUCUACAUCCUCAACUGGAGGUGGAAAGGGGAAGGGUUCUGGAAAGGGACCACGAAGAGUGUAUCAGACUGAGACUAUUCAAGAAGGUGAUGAGAAUGAGGAACAGGCAGAAGAAGGUGACAACGAAGUCCCCGCUGAUGACCAGCCUGAGGAACAAGGGGAUCCUGAAUGUGAAGACGCAGAAGCAGAAGUACAAGAAGAGGAUGCUGCCAAUUUGGCUGAAGUUCUCGCCGUCACUGCUCGAAAGUUGGCGAAUGUCACACAGGGCAGGAAAUACUCAGGUCAGCCAAAGAAGAGCAUCCAGGAGAAGAAACGGACUUCGAUGUGUGCAGCCUGUGGCAUCAAGGGCCAUUGGGCUGGUGACCCAGAAUGCGAGAUGACACCGAACCAGCAGACAGACUCAAAGACUACAUCCUCCAGUUUCACUUCAUCCCAAAAGGGAAAAGACAAAGGUCAAAAAGGCCGUGAGGAUUCGAGCAGUUCUGCCAAAAAGGCCGAACAUUUGGAGUCCUUCCGCCUCAAGAUUCAUCACGAGGCAACCAAAGACCAGAUCCAGGCCACCUUCUAUGACAUCCUCAGCGGCAGGCCAUCUGCUCCGAGAGGAGGAACUCCAGGAUGUGGAUCAGGACAUGGAUCUACUCAGCCUAUACAGCUGGUCGGACGUCGCAAGCGAUUGACUGGUGAUUUGAAGAAGAACAUCAAGACCCUGGAGGCCGAGUUGCACGUCAUGCAGCACAUGCCAUUCGAGCGCAACAACAAGAAGAAUGCUGUUGAUGUUUUUGAGCUGUUUGCUGGAUCAGCCAAAGCAACUCGUAUGGCAGGUCAGUAUGGACUCAAUGCCCUGGAACCCAUCGACAAGAACGAUGGCAAGGACCUCCAGGAUCCAGUCAUUCAGAGGAUGGUUGAAGAGGCCAUCGAUCGCUUUUCGCCGCUCCUGCUGCUCAUUGGAUUUCCUUGCACCUUUUGGAAUCUGAUGAAUGAAAACUGCAACUACAGCUGGAGAAUGCAUGAACUUGAAGCUUUGCGUGAACUUGAAAGACCUCUCCUUCGCUGGGUUGCAGACCGAAUCAAACAACAGGCUUCGGCUGGCAGGUUCUUUGCCUUGGAGAACUCUGCCAAAAGCAGAAUUUGGGAUGAGCCUCCAGUGAUUGAGCUCAUGGACUUGCCUGAUGCUCAGCUCGUCACUUUGGAUGCAGGUGCCUUUGGAGCCACCGACAAAGAUGGAUUUCCAAUCAUCAAGACCCACAAAUUCUUGGUGAAUAGCCCUGCUUUGGCUCAGUAUCAGUGUGACCAGCUGGUGCGCACAAUUUUGAGAUUUGUGAAGCAGGAGGCCAAGAAGCUCAGUCCUUUGCGCUUCGAAAAGCCUUUCGAAGUUUGUUUUGCACAGCCUGUUGAUGAUGAAGAUGCAUGGCGCCGCAUUUUGAAUGAGGUCACCAACACCUUUGCCAACAGCUCAGUUCGAGUUUUGACUUUGCAGCCUGGCCAGGAGCUGUACCGAAAGAUUGAGGAGAUGGUGCCUUGGGAGAUUGUCAGAGUGCAGAUCGCCAAAACACCGGUGACUAGAAGACUUCCACGGGAUAUUCCUUUCACUCACCGUGGAGCUGCACUGCUGCACUCCGACGAAGGCAUGGCGCUGGAGGCUGAGGACCUCAGCAAUGUGGCAUUCCCCAAGCAGCGCUUUAGCAAAGCUGUUCAGUCCGCUGUCUUCUUCUUUGGACUUGCAGAAGAUGACAGCAAGAAACAAGCGCUAAGAACAGCCGAUGAUGCUGAAGAACAGGAAGGUCCCCAUCUGCCGGUCCCUGGACUUAAGACCGAUGUGACCUUCCCUGGUGCUUCAAAGACUUUGCCAGCAGCAGUCAAGGCCUCAGUGGCUCGACUUCACCUCAACACUGGCCAUGCCCAUAAGAAGGAGCUCAUUCGACUUCUCUCCUCCUAUGGGUCAAUCAAUUCAGCCACUUUGACUGCCAUCAAUCACAUGGUUUGUGGUUCAUGUGAACGAACCAAGCCACCAGCACCUCCUCGCCCAGCAUCCAUUCCACAGUUCAUGGGCCAAUUUGGAGAACGAGUUCAGGUUGACAUUGUCUACAUCCGAGAUCUUUCUGGAUCGAAUCAUCCUGUGCUCGGAAUGGUUGACAUGGCCACCCUGCUCCAACAAGCAGUUCGUCUUCACAGUAGAGCCUCAGAUCAUGUUGCAGACCAGUUCAGACGCAGUUGGUUGAUGCCCUAUGGAUAUCCUUUGGUCUGCGAAGUUGAUGCUGAUGGAGCCUUUGAAGGCGACUUUAGAACUGCCUUGGAAGAUGCUGGAGUUCACUAUGUGGUGAUACCUCCUGAAGCGCAUUGGCGCAUAGGAACUGUCGAGAGGAGGAAUGCAGUUCUUCGAACAGCUGCUGAACGUUUGAUUGAUGAGAAUGCUGUGACCAAUGGCGAGGGCGUUGAUUGGAUUUUGAUAUCAACUGUCCAAGCCUUGAACAGCAGCACAGCCACCAAGGGACGCAGCCCCUAUCAGGCCGUUUUUGGUCGACUUCCACGUUUUCCUGGCGACCUGAUGAGUGAUGAUCGUGCAAUGAUUGUUUCAGAUCAUCAAAUGCUUGCUGAAGAACUUCGACAACAAGCCUUGCGAGUCAUCAGCGAGACCAGAGCGUCCCAAGUCAUUCGAAGAGCCUUGCUUCGAAAGACCAAGCCCAACAAGGAGGAGUCUCAGGCCAUUUUGCCUGGAAGCCUUGCUGCCUACUGGCGAUGGACCAAACGAGCUGCCGGCAAGAAGAAGGGUGGCUACGUUCUGGGCAAACUUCUCCAUCAUGAUGCCGAUGGCAAAUCUGCAUGGAUCCAAGCUGGAUCUUCUGCAGUUCAAGUGACCUAUGAGCAGCUGCGCCCCACGUAUGGACUUGAAGCGUGGAACCCUGACAUGGAGGACAUUCGGCUUUUGAAGAAUGCUGAGAAGAACCUCAUGCAGGGCAUGUGGAAAGACCAUCGGGGACCACCUCCACCAGAAGAUGAACCGAUGGAACCUGACCUAGCGGUUGAGGCUGAAGAUGAAGAGAUGGGCGAAGCCAUGGCAAUUGAGCCUGGACUCUUGCUUGGAGAGCCACAACCUUCUUUUGUUCCUGACCACCAUCAACCGCUGAUGACCAACCACUUCACCUUUGUGGUUCAGCAGGUCCCUGAAGAGCCCUACUACACGUUUGAACGUGUUGAGGACGGGUGGGAUGGCAAUGUGAAAGCCAUUUCUCCUUUGACCUCCACAGCCUUUCGUGUGGCUGCAGCCAAGGUCGAGAACGAAGAGAUGUCUAGUGAUUCAUCAGAUGAUGAGCAAUCACCAACGAUGGAACGUCUUUCGAGACAAGAACGGAAAGCCAUGGAUCGAGAAAUUCCCUGGCGAGUGAUUUUGGAAAGCCCUCCUGAGACUGUCGAGCUCUACGUUGAGGCCAACCGCAAAGAAUUUGCCAGCUGGCUGAGUUGGGGCUGUAUCGCUCCUUUGAAGCCCGACAAGAUCAAGGAGAUCAAAGCAACUCCUUCUUUGCGACGGAGAAUCAUUCCAUCACGCAAUGCCUAUCGAGACAAGAACCGUGGAGCUGGACCCACUGUUCGUGCAAGAUGUCGCACAGUGGUGCUUGGAUGCCAAGACCCAGAUUUGGCUACCCUAGCCCGAAGCUCACCAACACCUUCCAAAACAGCAGAAAUGAUUCUUUUGCAGAUAGCAGUGUCUGGCAUGAAUCAACUUGUGGAGCUCACCAACAAGAAAUGGAAGUUGUGGAGUGGAGACGUAAGUACAGCGUUUCUGCAAGGCACUCCUGAGCCUCGAAGCCAGCCACUGUUCAUGCGCGCACCACGCGAUGGAAUCCAGAAGCUUGCCAACACUUUCCCGGACGAGCUCUACGAGGUGUGUACCACAAAGAAGCAUGCCUUUUUCCAGCACCGCUAUGACAGAUGCUUCCUGAUCAAGCGCGAUGCCGAAGAGCGCCUGUUGGUCGUCAUGAUCAUCCAUGUGGACGACUUUUUGGCGGCCUUCCGGGAAGACUAUGAUGUAAGCGAGCUUGAGCAGAUGUUCACCUGGGGUUCAACAACCUUGCUGACCGAGGACAACUGCAUUGUUUUUUGUGGAAAAGAGAUCCGAAUGAAGAAUAUGCAGGGCAAGAUCACUUUGCAUGUGACACAGCAAGCCUUCAUCGAUGAGAUGAGCACCGGCAAGCUUGGCCGUGGCAGAUUGGUCAGCGAAGAGUUGAACACAGCUGACUGGAGUGAGUUCAGAUCAGUUGCGGGCUCACUGCAAUGGCUGGGUGGACAGACCCGUCCAGACCUCUGUUCAGCUGUGAGCUUGGCUAACAGGGGAAAAGAGACAACCUUGCAGAACCUCAAGAAGCUGUUUGAGUACAUUGAGAUUGCCAAGAAGACCAAAGACGUAGGUCUAUGCUUCCAUCCUGUGCCCUUCAACAAGGCCUCGAUGAUUGUGGGGUAUGGUGAUUCGAGCUGGGCAAACGCCCCUGGUGGCAAAUCUCAGAUGGGCAGCUUGGUGCUCUUUGCUUCACCUGACUGCUUGGAGCACAAGAGCUACGUCAGCAUCUUGGACUGGAAGAGUGCAAGAUCCCCAAGAGUGACACGAUCCACUCUUGCAAGUGAAGCCAAUGCGAUGGAUGAGACAGUGGAUAGGGCGACCUACAUAAAUUACUUCAUCACUGCUUUGCUCUAUGGCCCCACCGCCACUGGGAAACCUCACCCUGAGAGAGCCUUGCGUCAAGUUCAGUGUACAGAUUGUAAGUCGCUGUAUGAUGCUGUCAUUUCAGAAAACCCUUCCACAACAGAGAAGCGGACCAUGAUAGCAAUUAGAUCCAUCCAAGACUUCAUUUGUGAAGAUGAUUGCCGUUGGGUGCCAACAACGGUCAUGUGGGCUGAUUGUCUUACCAAAGAAGACAAGGAGCUCUGCGCUGCAUUUCAAGAUUGGCUAAGGCACCCAUAUGUAGCAUUGGUCGACGAAAACAAAAUACUCCAGUGUGAAUUCCAUUCUGAUCAUUCAUGUUGUGCUUUUGGACCCUGUCUGCACAUGAACCAUUCGCCGACCGAUGCCAUCACAUUUUCACAUCUCAAUGGGAUCAUCAGCGGAUCCCUUGAGCAUAGCAAUUUCGCAAUGCAACGACCUGCAGGUCGAUAA